AUGUCUAGUUCUGCGCGUAUGCACACUCCACCGAGUCCUCCGCCUGUUCCUGCGGAGAAAAAGGCCCGCACGGGGGAGCCGUCUGCGGCGAAACUCGACCGCCAGGCAGCGAAGCGUGACCGAAAGCGCAUCCAUUACCUGCAGAAAGCGUACGAGAAGCAGGUGAGCAAGCAAGGCGACCCUCCUAUUUUGUUCGAUAUCCUUGAUAUGCUUGGAAAAGAGCGUGUGGAUGCCAUUCUGCAGCGCAAGGCAGAGUUUGACCGCGUCGCGCCGUUCGGCGAAGAAGUCGACGUGACGAUCGAGCGGCUCAGUGCGCAUGGCGACGGCCUCGCGCCGACGCCGCAGGGUGACCGCGUGCUAGUAGUCCCUUUUGCGCUGCCUGGCGAAAAGGUCCGCGUGGUGCCGUACGGCGCCGAGCGCCUCUACUUCAAGACGCGCCUUGUCGAGCGCCUCGGCGGCCAGAGCGACAUGCGCAACGACGAACUGGUGCAGUGCAAGUACUUUGGCCAGUGCGGUGGAUGCCAGUACCAAAUGAUUCCCUACGAUACCCAGCUUGAGCUGAAGCGUCGUGUCGUCGAAAAUGCGUUCCGGCACUAUUCAAAGCUGGACCCUUUGCUGGUGCCGAGCGUGCUGCCUACGGUCGGCUCGCCGCAGACAAUGCAGUACCGCACAAAGCUGACGCCGCACUUUGACCUUCCCCAUGCGUUGCGCAAAGCGUCGAGCAAGGAAGGGCUUGAUCCUGCGUCCUUCUCGGUGCCAAUCGGAUUCGACGGCGCGACGUCGGGGCGGGUGAUGGACAUUGAAGAGUGUCCUAUUGGCACGCCGACGCUGAACGCGGCCAUGCCGGUCGAGUACGCCAAAGUGCGUGCGAACAUUUUGCAGUACAAGAACGGCGCGACGAUUCUGCUGCGCGACUCGCUCAAGGACCUCGAGCCGGCAACUAUUGCAGAGGGCAAGUCGGUCACGGUGACCGACCACCAUGCGACGGUGUACGAGACGGUGGGCGCGACCAAGUUCUCGACGCCCGCCGGUGCCUUUUUCCAGAACAAUCGCUCGAUUAUCCCGUUGGUAAUCGACUAUGCCAAAGAACAGACGUUGCCCAAAGAGGACGACGGCAAGCCGCGGUACCUGGUCGACACCUACUGCGGCUCUGGGCUCUUUGCGCUGACCCUCUCGCCGAUGUUUCACGAGGUCGCCGGCGUCGAGAUCAGCGCAAGCUCGAUCGAGUGCGCCAAGCACAAUGCAGCGCUCAACGGCAUUACCAAUGCCAAGUUUUUGGCCGGCAGCGCGGAAAACAUCUUUGCGAGCAUCGCCUACCCCCCGGAGCAGACGACGGUCGUGAUCGACCCCCCGCGCCGCGGCUGCGACCAGCCGUUUAUCGACCAGCUGGUCGCGCUGAAGCCCAAGGAUAUCGUCUAUGUUUCGUGCAAUGUCCACACGCAAGCGCGUGAUGUCGGUGCGCUCCUCCGUGCCUGCCCCUCGUACAAGAUCGAGAGCGUGCGCGGCUUUGACUUUUUCCCCCAGACGCACCACGUCGAAGGGGUAUGCGUAUUGCACAAUACAGACUAUGGAUCGUAG